UAUGGAAUUGGAGGAGGCUGAAAUAGAAAUGGACAUUCUUCAGAAGGAACAUGCACUACAGGAGUCACCUAAAGAUUCCAAGGAGCAUCAGCUUCCUUGUCUAGACACUUCUACGAAGGAUGGUAACCGUCUCCAGCAAAUAAAGGAUUGCAUCCGUUCCUUUGAGAAGUCCAAACUCAGAGAAGAAAUAGUAGCCCGCAGGCAAAAGAAACUUCUUGUGAGACAUGCUCGUCAAAAAUACUUAGAAGAGGCAGCUUUAAGAGAAGCAGAACUUUUGCAAGAACUUGAUAGAGAGAGGACUACUGAAGCAGAAAGGGAGAUUGAGAGACAGCGGUUGCUGGAAGCUGAGCGUGCAAAAACCAGAGACCUGCGCCACAAUCUUGAUAUGGAGAAGGAAAAGCAACACAGGCAAUGA